AGGCAUAUAAUAGAACACGUUGGUGUCCGAAAUAAACCAACAUUUUCUGCUCAGAGUGAGAAGCCAUGGCCACCGCAAUUAUGACCGCUCUCGCCUCCGUGUUUCUUCCGACUCAAUUCACCAAUUCUAGGCGCUGCUUCUUCAACGCCUAUUAUACACCGCUUAUCAAACAAAGGAGCUCGAGCUUCGCGUCAAAAAUUCGUGCCUCAUCUACUGCCUUCGUCGAAACCAAGCCGCUGGAUCCUGUUGUGGUUGAAAAAGAGGUCAGUAUCAGUAAGAACAUUUUAGCUUGUCCCGUAUGCUACGAGCCCUUGUCUUGGAUAGGGGAUCGCGUCUUGUCUGUAGAUUGUGCUGGGUCUAGUUUGCAUUGUGGCUGUUGUAAGAAGACUUAUUCUGGCAAGGAAACACAUCUUGAAUUGACUGUGGCUAGUGGGUCCAGUAAAUUUGACGAUUCUAUGCCAUUGGCUACUGAACUUUUCAGGCUUCCACUGAUAUCAUUUCUCUAUGAGAGGGGUUGGCGUCAAAAUUUCAUAUGGGGUGGUUUCCCUGGCCCAGAGAAAGAGUUUGAAUUGAUGAAGGAUUACCUGCAGCCAGGUUUAGGUGGAAAUAUUAUUGAUGCUAGUUGUGGUAGUGGAUUAUUUUCAAGACUUUUUGCCAAGAGUGGUUUGUUUUCUCAUGUUGUUGCCCUGGACUACUCAGAAAACAUGCUACGGCAGUGCUAUGAAUUCAUCAUGCAGGAGGAAAACUUUCCCAGAGAGAACCUAAUAUUGGUCAGAGCAGAUAUCUCUAGACUUCCUUUUCUUUCUGGCUCUGUUGAUGCUGUCCAUGCUGGUGCUGCUAUACACUGUUGGCCUUCCCCAUCAGCAGCUGUAGCUGAAAUUAGUCGAGUUCUGAAACCUGAAGGCGUUUUCGUUGCUACGACUUUCAUACUUGAUGGGCCUUUCAGUUUCUUCCCACUCUUGGGGCCUCUGCGCCAGAAUAUGGCACUAGCGGGCAAUCAUAUCUUUUUACAUGAACGUGAACUGGAAGAUAUCUGCAGAGCCUGCGGGCUAGUUGGAUUUACAGCUAUAAGGAAUGGUCGAUUUGUGAUGUUUUCUGCUAGAAAACCCAGCUGAGCAUUCAAUUCCUUGGUGUUAUCUGCCCCAUCUCUCAAAUUGCAUCGGUCUGCAGAGACAUAUGUACAUUUGAUAUCUGUUAUAGUUUGCAUCUCCUGUAAAAGUAGGUUAUAUUUAUUGUGUAUAGGGAAGGAGAAUGAAGUAUGCUUUUUCAAAUA